CAUCCACUGACGAUUCAGAGGAGCUCCGGACAGAGACCUACAAACAGAAGCAACGAUGACAAUGAGCAGCAUCCUCAAAGCAGAUGACAUCAAGAAAGCUUUAGAUGCAUUUGCAGCUGCUGACUCUUUUGACCACAAGAAGUUUUUCGASAUGGUGGGUCUGAAGACCAAGUCCUUUGAUGAUGUGAAAAAGGUCUUUGCAGUGCUCGACGCUGACAACAGCGGCUUCAUAGAGGAGGAGGAACUCAAAUUUGUCCUGAAGGGUUUUGCCAGUCAUGGCAGGGACCUGACAGACAAAGAAACCAAAGCGUUUUUAAAAGCAGCUGACAAGGACGGAGAUGGAAAGAUCGGAAUCGACGAAUUUGCUGCCCUUGUGAAAGAAUAAAGCAGCUACCUAAAGCCCACCUCCCACUCCAUCACCAUGAGACUCCCCCCGCCCCAUUCUAUCCACCUAAAGCCAAAUCACUCCUCCCUUUAACCUCUCCUGCUGCUGUCCUCACAAAGCGCGAUGCUGCUGCAGUGAAGCAGGCUGUGAUCCGCACCCCCCUCCCCCCACCUCACACACAUUCAGCAGUAUUCACCCUCUAUGUGAUAGGUUUUUAUACAAACUCUUCUUCCUYGUCCGCACAAACCAAUAUCAAACGCUGCAGCGGGAAUAAACCUCACAUUUUAAAGGAUAUUGAGAUUUUGAAACAAAUCAUUUUAUGCUUUGUUUUUGACCUCUUUCCUGUCCUCUCAGCCAGUUCUUCCUCUCACAUUGCUGCUUUUUUUUUUYUUCUUCCUCCUUUUUGUUGAUAUCACCUCUGGCUUAGUUUCCUCCCUGCCCUCCCCWUCCCCCACAUUCACCUUGUUCACUCAUCUAUUCACUGUCCAUCUCUCUAUCCUCUGACAAGGAGCUGUGGUGAAAGAAGAAGAAGAAGAAGCUGUGAAAGAAUAAAAUAAAAUUUGAAAAAAUGC